UGUCAUGGGAUUCAGGCUGGCUCAGACCAUGGCCUAUACUAUUGAUGAAAUCAACAGAAACUCCAACAUGCUGCCUAAUGUGACUCUGGGAUACAGUGUGUAUGAUAACUGCCUCCAAACAGGGAUUGGAGUUGGUGCAGCACUGUCCUUAGUCAGUGGUAAACAAGAACAAGUUACAUUAGGGAAGAACUGCUCAGGCACUCAUCCAUUCCUAGGGAUUGUGGGUGAAUCUUCAUCUACACGGACAGUUGCCAUAGCCAUGGUCUUAGGUUUGUACAGAGUGCCUAUGGUUAGUUAUUAUGCAACAUGUUCUUUUCUGAGUGAUCGGCAAAAGUUUCCAUCUUUUUUUAGGACAAUACCGAGUGAUGCUUUUCAGGUGCGUACUAUGAUUCAGAUUCUAAAACACUUUGGAUGGACUUGGGUAGGUCUGCUCCUCAGUGACGAUGAAUAUGGAAUCCACGCUACCCGAUCCUUUCACUCUGAGCUACGUUUAAAUAGUGGAGGUUGUGUAGCUUACACAGAGAUUUUACCCUGGGGUGAUGACACCACUGAACUAAGGAGAAUAGUGGAUGUGAUGAAGAAAUCUACAGCCCGAGUGGUGAUCGUGUUUGCAUAUGAGACUCACUUAAUUGACCUCAUGAAAGAGGUGGUGAGGCAGAAUGUGACAGGCCUGCAUUGGAUGGCCAGUGAAGCGUGGACAUCAGGCACUUCACUCCAGACGCCAGACUUCAUGCCGUACCUGGCUGGAACACUGGGCAUCACUGUCCGACGGGGAGAAAUACCAGGACUCAGGGACUUCCUGAUACAAAUACGUCCUGACAUACAUCACAACAACACCCAUGGACAGAGUGUGGUGAAUCAGUUUUGGGAACACACAUUUCAGUGUAGAUUUGCACCACCUCCAGCAGGUUGGGUGGAAGCUGGAGGAGAAUUAUGCACUGGACAGGAAGUUAUAGAGAUUGUGGAGACUGGUUUCUUGGAUGUUUCAAACCUCAGGGCAGAGUAUAAUGUGUAUAAGGCUGUAUACGCUCUGGCGUAUGCUCUUGAUGACAUGCUGAAAUGUCAGCCAGGGAGAGGACCUUUCAGCAACAACACCUGUGCUCAUUUACAAAGACUGGAGCCAUGGCAGCUUCUGUAUUACUUGGAAAAAGUCAACUUUACAACAUCAUCUGGUGAUCGAGUUUCAUUUGAUGAGAAAGGUAACAUCUUACCUGUAUAUGACAUCAUGAACUGGGUGUGGCUCCCUGAUGAAAGAAUUAAAGUUCAGAAAGUGGGUGAGGUUCAGAGGUCCGCCUUCAAUGGUGCAGAAGUCACACUGGAUGAAGACAAAAUCUUCUGGAACUUUCACUCUGAACAGCCUCCUCGGUCAGUGUGCAGUGAGAGCUGUCCUCCAGGUACCCGCGUGGUCAAGACAAGGAGGAGGUCUGAGUGUUGUUUUGACUGUGUCCCUUGUUCUGACGGAGAGAUCAGCAAUACGACUAACUCCAUGGAGUGCAUCAGUUGUCCAGAAGAUUUCUGGUCCAGCCCCCAGCGUGACCACUGUGUUCCUAAGAAAACAGAGUUCCUCUCCUACCAUGAGCCUCUGGGUAUCUGCUUGACAACCAUCUCACUGUUGGGCACAUUUAUCUGUGUUAUUGUUCUGGGCAUCUUCAUCCAUCACCGCAACACACCUAUAGUUCGUGCCAACAAUUCAGAACUCAGUUUCCAGCUGUUGCUGUCACUUAAGUUCUGUUUCCUUUGCUCAUUGCUUUUUAUUGGACGACCCAGACCUUGGACUUGCCAAUUAAGACAUGCAGCAUUUGGCAUCAGCUUUGUGCUUUGUGUCUCAUGUAUCCUGGUGAAAACCAUGGUGGUUCUGGCUGUGUUCAGGGCCUCCAAACCAGGAGGUGAGUCCAGUCUCAAAUGGUUUGGUGCUGUGCAGCAGAGAGGGACAGUUCUGGUUCUGACUUCUGUUCAAGCAGCAAUCUGCACUGUCUGGCUUGCAUCUGCUUCACCAAUGCCUCAUAAAAACACCCAGUAUCACAGUGACAAGAUAGUUUAUGAGUGUGCAGUUGGGUCCACAGUUGGUUUUACAGUUUUACUUGGUUAUAUUGGUUUACUGGCUGUCCUCAGUUUUUUGUUAGCUUUUCUAGCAAGGAAUCUUCCAGACAGUUUCAAUGAGGCCAAACUCAUCACUUUCAGCAUGUUGAUCUUCUGUGCAGUGUGGGUGGCCUUCAUCCCUGCAUAUAUCAGCUCACCAGGCAAAUAUGCAGAUGCAGUGGAGGUAUUUGCUAUUCUGGCCUCAAGUUCUGGCCUGUUGGUGGCGCUGUUUGGACCCAAAUGUUACAUAAUCAUUUUGAGACCAGAGAGAAACACAAAGAAAGCCAUCAUGGGUCGUGGCACUGACUGA